GUGAAUCUCCUAUUCCAUCAGUUUCCUCGGGAUCAUCUUCACCCCUUUCAGCUGCUUCUGCACCUUCGAACUUGGGCCAGCCAAAAUCAGGGAGCGCAAAUCAAGACCGAAAGGUGCCUCCACCUAUCGGGACAGAGAGACUUGCUAGAAUUAGACAAGGAGGCUCUGUCACUCCUACCCCAUUGGGAACCAACUUCACAGCCCCGGUUGGCCACAGCGGUAUCUGGUCGUUUGGUGUCAACAAUGUGUCAGGCUUGUCAGGUUGGUCUCAGCCUGUCAUGGGAAAUCAUCCAGUGCAUCAGCAGUUAUCGGACCCAGGCACCUUUUCCCAGCAUCAGCCAAUGGAGAGAGAUGACUCCGGGAUAGUGGCUCCCUCAAACAUUUUCCAGCAGCCUAUGCCAAACAGCUUUGUGGAUUUCCCUAAAGCCCUACCAAUUUCCAUGUACGGAGGCACUAUAAUACCUUCCCACCCUCAGCUAGCUGAUGGACCAGGUGGCCCUCUCUUCAACGGACUGCAUACUCCAGACCCAGCAUGGAAUCCCAUGAUAAAGGUUGUCCAAAACUCAACAGAAUGUACUGAUGCUCAGCAGAUUUGGCCUGGCACCUGGGCACCUCAUAUUGGAAACAUACACCUCAAAUACGUCAACUGAUUUAGGAGGGCCUACCUCUUUUAAGCCUUGUUUGGAGAAACCUAUGACCUUGGAAGAACCUGGGAAUUUUUUAAUGUGCCUAACUAAGCAAUUUUUUUCUGUGGGCUGUAACAAGAAAAACUUGUUCGCCUGUUGUGUAAGAACAAAUUGAGUUACCUAUUCAACUGAUUCUGUUCUCCAGUUAGUUUAGCCAUUUUGAACUCAAUCGGAUGAACCUAGUGCUUUUGGCUAAACACUACUGAAUGCUACUUGUAUGCAGCAGAGAACUAGAUGAUUACAUGAUUUCAACCUUUUAGGGUGGUAAAUACAUGUAUAAUUGUUUACAUACUUAAAAGGAAAAACGUUGAGUAAAUUUCAUGUCGUAUAGUGGCUCUACUUUAUGUAGCCUGUAUUAAUGUGAAAUAUUUACCUGAAUAUUCAAUAAAAAGAUGAACAUUAA